CGCUUGUAGUCACCGAGUGAUAUUCCCGGGGAAUAUUCAUCAUAUAUAACGAAGCACUGAACGAAAAAGUACUUCGUUAAAAAUACGAGCGAAUAUAUUUUAAACAACGAUUUCACUUUAAACACUUCUUGCUAAAUUAUUAAUAUGUUUUCAAAGAACAGGCAUCACAUAGAAUUACAAGGUUUAUUUUCAUAGCAUUUAAAUAUUUCUGGCAUGUUCCUGGGUAUCUCUGCUCGGUCAAAUGCUAGUGAUUAGUUCAAAUUAUUUACGAACAUUACAAUUUAUUUGAACGUUCGUAUAAUUAACGCCACAUCAGAAUUCAAUUUAUUUUCACAAAUAUUCUGUUGAAAAUGGGAGAAAAAGAGAAUAUUGUCAAAGAAGCACUUGCAGCCUUUCUCCAGAAAAAUGAUGCUAAUGAUUCAAUCAGUUCCAUAGAUGAGAUAGUAUUGAGCUAUAUGGUGGGGAUACUUGAGGAAUUGGGAGAUGCCAAUGGGACUAUGGAUAACUUUGAUGUUGAAGAUUUUACAGAGAUGAUGACAGCAUACCUUCCUGGCUUUGAAGGCAUAGACAGUGUUGCAGUUUGCUCUUGGAUGUUUGAACUCUCCAACACUUUGUCAACUGAGCAUGAAAAAGGAAAACAAAUAGCUAUAGCAAAGCAACCAAAUAAAGAAAUCACCCCAAUUGCCCUUUCCCCAUCUCCUCCAAUAAACAGUCUACAAAAUAUGAACUUAAGUGAAUGCCAUUCACCCAAGCAAGGGAUGUGCCAGGGAAGUUCACAAAAACCCAUCUUUAAUGGUAUAGGAAGUUCACCAAAACAAAAGUUUAAGGGCCAAAGAGCCAGGCAACACAGGAAGAGCUCAUCAUCAAGGUCGGCAUCCGAGAGCAGUGAUGUCGCUGGAGCUGAAGCUUUUGAACAAGAAAGUCCAUCUAGUAUCUACAUUGAUUCUGGAGAGGAAAAUAUAAGACUUUUGUUGGAGAUGUUUCCUGCAGCCUCUGAGGUUAAAGCAGCGCAUUGUUUAAGCAUGGCUAAAGGAGACAUUGAACAAGCAGCAAACCUGAUGUUAGUAGCCCAAGAGUUAGAGGAACAGGAUGAAACACCACCUGUAAAAUCAAAGUCACAUAAAAAGAGCACUAAGAAAAGCACAUUGAGUGAACUGGAUGAUAAAAAGUUAAAAAAGAGCAUAAUACAAAGGUACUCUUAUCAAGAUUCUGAUGAGCAUCAAAAGCAGCACAAUCCUGUUGUAAAAAUAGAUGACCCCAAGAAGCUAGUCAGGUACAGAAAUGGACAAGUGGUUAGUACAAAAGGUGAAAGGUUUUCAGAAAUAAAGAAAGGAAAUGAGGAAGAGAUGAAAAAGACAUACAUAAAUCUGAAACCUGCAAAACAGUAUAGAUUCCAUUGAAACUCUCAUACAUGACAAAUAUACAAUACAUGUACAAAUAUACAAUACAUGUACAUGUACAAAUAUACAAAACUAGUACAUGUAUAUUUUAUUACCAUUUGGAACACAGACUAUUCAGUACCAACAUAGGUUCCAAUGAAAAAAAGAUAUUAACGAAGUUCCAAGUUUAACUUAUGACACAACGAAUGAAACACAAACAUACUAUUCUAGUAUAUAUUUUUCUACACAGCAGCAGCUGGAACUGAACUAAUCUUUAUUGCUUUUAAGCCUAUCAUAUGUACCUUGCCAGAAAGACUUAACAAAUCAUGAUCUGAUUAGCACAUCGAACAAAGUAUUGGGGAUAUAGUGUACGCCUCUGUCUGUCCGUAUGUCCAAGCAGUAACUCAAAUACCAUUGUCAUGAUAUUGUUUAUAUUUUAUAUGGAUAUGCCGGGUAUGCCCUAUGUAAAUUUAAGUUCUGCUCCAAAGUUAUCAUUUUGGUUAACAUUUUAAAAGUAUUUUAGAUACAACUUAUGGAAUUGUAAUCCAGUGUAUUAAUGUUUUAAUGUAAAGAUUAAGAAGCCCAAUGGGCUUAUUAGCCUUUUGCAGAUUAUUGACAUAGACAUAAAGACAAACCAAAUGAAAAUGGUGGUCAUUUAUAUGUGAAUCAUUUUAAAAUUUUUACUAUACUCCAAGAGUAACAGGAUGAUUUUUUUUAUAUUUUGUAUUUUAGAACUUGAAGGCAUGAGACAUUGUCUCAAUUUUGUAAGAUAAGUGAGCCAUUUUGAAAAAUGGAGGCCAUUUUAUAUGUGUCAUUUUGUAUUUUUUGUUAUAACUUGAAAGCUGAUAGAAUGAUUUUAUUAAUAUUUUACAGUAUAUGUGCCUACGUCCGAGAAUCACAUAUAUAUAAUAUUCAUUUUUCUAAUUCAUCAUGGUAGCCAUUUUGAGAAAUUAUGUCUAGCAGCAUUGUCUGACACUCAUUUGAUGUUUAAUGAGAUUAUUGCCAUACUCAUAUAAUCUUAUAUAUUAUUACAGA